AUGGAUUCUAUGGAAUUGAAAACAUAUUCAACGAAUCUUCUCUCAAAAAUUUCUGAUGGUAAAACUCGUGCUAAAGCCAGAAAGAGUUUGAAGAAACACAGUUUUAAUCCUGAUCAAGUAUCGGCUCUAAUUCCUGAUCAGAGAAAAAGUGAAGAACUAGAAAUAAUUAGAAAGGAAGCGCAAAAUGCCAUGGAAUCAGAAAAUGGGAUCACCAGGAUAAGAGCUCUAACAUUAUUCGAGAUGCUCUGUAAGCCAGUUGAGACGCUUGAAUCAGCAGAAAUGCAUAUAAGAUUUUAUUGUAAGAGAACUUGUUCAAAAGAAAACUGUAAACAUAUUGAGUAUCUAACUACCUAUGUGCAAAAGCCUUAUAAGUCUAUCCCAAAGGAUUUAAGAGAAUAUGGAGUUAAACAUGCUUUUAGAGCCCACGGUGGUAAAAAAUCAACGCUUGAAAAUCUUAAAUGCCUUUCAAAAAUUGCAUUAAGGCAAAAAUCUGACCGCCUUAAUGCAGGUGAUAAUUACGCUAUAGGCGAUACAGAAUCAGAAGACUUUGGCCCUAAAUCUGAUUCUGAAAAUACAUCAAGCCCGGUACACCAGACUUUAUCGUCUCAGCCUAAAAAUGAUGAUUAUAACCCUUUCAAAGAACAGAUAGCAGAAAUUGAUUUGAUGUUAGCUGAUCCCCUGAAAUAA